UAGUUCAGCGAUUCAAGCUUGAGAAGCUUCAAAAUAGCUUGAUCCUUGCCAUCAAUGAAGAGUACCCUUCAUCCGACGACGCUCUUUUAACGUUAAAAUCUGGUGACCAAAUUGCUGUCAUUCCCCCAUUAAGUGGAGGUUAGCAUGGAUACUGUUAAAUUGACACAUGACAAGUUGAGUGUCGACGAAGCAACAACCGUCGUCACAUCUCCAAAAUGUGGUGCCAUAUCUCUUUUUGUAGGGACAACAAGAGACAAUUUUGAAGAAAAGAAGGUAGUUCAAUUGGAUUAUGAAGCAUACGACUCAAUGGCAGAAAAAGUAAUGCGCGAAUUAUGCAGUGAAGUUCGCAGCAAAUGGGCAGUGGAGAAUAUUGCAAUAUUUCACAGGCUAGGGACUGUUCCUGUUUGUGAAGCAAGCGUGAUAAUUGCUAUUUCCUCGGAGCACCGAGGCGAAUCUUUGGCAGCUGUGCAGCAUACUAUAAAUGCAUUGAAGGCACUUGUUCCGAUAUGGAAAAAGGAGGUUUAUGAUGAUGCUAGCAGCAACCAACCUGAAUGGAAGGCGAACAAGGAAUUAAUAAAAAAGGAGCCAAUUUCUGAAGACAAUUUUGAGGAAGUCCCAGCUGUGACCAGCGACAUGAUUCAGAUCAAAGCAAAGCCUGAAGAGGUCAGACGCCGCAUUGAGGCGUUUAUCAGUAGGAAAAGAGAUGACGUCAACAGAAUCAAUAUCCGCGACUUCUGCAGCAGUGCUUGGAAGAAUGACGGAGACAAAAGUGGUUCAGCAGACAUGGAUGACUCCUGCGCCCGAGUCAAUGCUGUCCUUGUUCCAAGAAAGGAUGGAAAGAGCCACUUGAAAAUCCGCAGAGUAGUUAACGAAUGGGGACCUCAAACCAGAAGUUUUGAUCCUGGGCCCUCAACCUCGGCCGAAGAAAACAAAUCUCGGGAUUUGCCACAAGGUGUAGCAGAGAGACUUCAAAAUAUAGAAAGGCAUCUGCAGCUUGAAGAAAAUUCUGAAAAGCCUGUGGCUCGAGAUGUCUAUGCAAGGUUAAAAGUUAUUGAAGAUCGGAUUCUUUUCUUAGAGGGAAUAUCGCCUGAAUACUUUUCAAACUUACCACAAGCCCAAAGUCAAAAUUUAACCGAUUACCAACCUGAGAAGAAAAGAAAAUAUUCAUCUAAAGAACUAAGGGAACGGUUGCAAGCAAUGCAACGGAGCUUUCAAUCAUGAUUUGUGAAACUUUAAUCUGUAAGGGAAGUGAAUUUUUUUAAUCGAAUAAAAUUUUUAAGUAGGUAUAACUAGA